AUGGCGCUCCGAAGACCCCAUCGCAAGUCUCGCCACGGCUGCUCAGCAUGCAAGCGAAGGCGUGUAAAGUGCGAUGAAACUCGACCUGUCUGCACCAACUGCUCUAAGCGUAGCACAGAGUGUGAAUAUGAUUCUACCAGCUCUUUCCUAUGGGCAAAUGAGCCCCCAAAACCCGCUCCCCGGUCAAAUGUAUCUGUCUCCGAAGGGUCCCAACCCCCAGAAUCGACCCUGCUUACCGCUAACUCAUUCGGGGUCCUUGGGAGACUCGGUGGCGGUGGUGAUCGCCCUCGGCAGACCACCGAUCUCAAUCUCAGUGACCUGGAGCUGAUGAUGCAGUGGUGCAACUCAACCUACCAGAGUUUGACUCGCGCCCGGCAGACCGAAUACAUCUGGCGAUGCUGCGUCCCGGAAGAAGCGCUCUCUCAUCCGUUUCUCAUGCAUGGCAUCCUAGCCCUGUCUGCGCUUCAUCUAGCGCGCACGAAAAGUGAUCAUCGCGGCCCCGUCUACCUCGAUACCGCCGUGGGGCACCAGAAUCGCGCGCUGGCGUUCUUCCGGGACCGUUUGAGCGACAUCAACGAGUCCAAUGCGAAGGCCAUGUUUGCGUUUGCUAGCGUCGUGGUCAUGUACGCCCUUGCAUUUCCCCACCCGCCCGAGGCGGACAACGACCCGUGGACUUGCGUCGACGACUUGACGCAAGUGUUUGUGCUGGCCCGCGGCGUGCAUGAGGUUCUCAGACAAGCGACCCCGUCGAUCGUCGGCAGUGACUGGGAGAUUGUGCUCGUGUUGGGCGAAUACGACAAAAGCCCUCCAGAUGAUGCACGUGCUGUCCUGGACCGAUUGCACGAGGCAAAUAGCCAGUGCGGCGAGCAGGACUCGACACAUGACACCGAAGUCUACCGCCAUACCAUUGAGAACCUGGGCGACAUGAUCGCCGCUCUUUCCAGCGGCCUGAUCACCGUCACCAUUGCGUGCCGGUGGGCUAUCAAAUGCAAGCCCGCGUAUGUGGAUCUGAUUCGCGAUCAUACCCCGUUGGCCCUGGUCAUUCUAGCGCACUACUGCGCCGUCCUGCACAGCAUGCGAGAAGUCUGGUACGUGGGCGAAUGGAGUCUCAGGGUGCCUAAGGCGAUAUGGCAGAUUCUGGAUGAUCGCUGGAAACCGUUGGCUCGCUGGCCCAUGGAGACAGUCUACGGGGAGAGCUUUCCUGUUGACGAGACGGGCUGA